GUGACUGGUAAAACGAAAGUUGGCAAAAUUGUCUGCUGUUAGGAUUUCAGAACGAUGUCAACAAUGAGAAUAUAUUUUGACAUUUAUUUCCUUUGCUUGAUGUAUUUGUCUAUAUACGAAGUAUAUGGAACAAUCCCUAAUUAUAAGCAGUCUCCUCUAGUGAGAAGAUACGACAGACAAUUGGAGAAUACACUUUAUGACCAGAAGACCGAUUUGGUUGUAGCCAACUUUAACACCACAUACAAUGACAUCACAAACGAAGAUAGAGAAGUCAUCUUUAAGUAUACAUACGAAGAGAUCAUUAAUAAGACAACAGCUGUAAGAGUGACGGUAUCGCUCCCAAACAAGGAGGUCGACAUCAAUAAUCCAGUUCUGUUCGUGGUUCGACAACAGCAGGGUAUCCUGUCAUGGAGACUGCCCAUGUACCUUGAAUACAUCUAUACAUACAACCUGGUCAGUCGUAAUCUUUGUCCAGUCGACGCGAUUCAUAGGAACUCCUCAACCAAGGACCAGACCGUGUUUGUGGAUGUUUCCACGUUCUCUAAACAAAACAUCACAUUCACAAUUUCCGCGGAUUUUGUGAAGGAUUUUCACCUCAGAACUGAUGAGAUCCGAAAUGUGAAUGUAACGCCUUCCCAGCCUCAGUAUUUUAUGUUCACCUUUCCUGACAAUGUCGACUCUGUGAUAGUCCAGGCGAAAUCCGACAGCGACCUCUGUAUGAUAUUCUCCUUGCAGGAUGUCAAGUGUCCUGUGUUUGACCUUGACCGAGAUGUUGAGUUUUCUGGUGUUCAUCAAACAAUGACCAGACAGGCGGCCAUUACCGCAGAGAAAUCUAGCUACGACCAGAACUCGUUCUACAUCGUGACGGUACUGAAGCCCUCUGACUAUGACUGUAAUGGUAUUGAGACUAUACAAGCUGCUGGUUAUACUCGCAGGAAACAACUAACACUACAGGUGUACGGCACCAUCAGUGCUAAGAAGUAUUACGUGGCCAUUAUAGGGGCGGUGAGCGUAUUUGUUGGAUUCUACCUGGUGGCUUUCCUUGUAGGAGUACUGUAUCACGGCUGUCGAAAAAAUUGGGGUGUCUGGGAAUUUGUGCUUGAGGAAGAUACAGAAGAGACCAAUCCUCUCACAGGAGAAAGUCGGCCUAGUCGUCAUGGGUACGGGACUGUGGAACCGGAUCUGGAUUCAGAGGAUAGCAGUGCCCAGAGAAAUAAAGAGAUGUACAGAGUUACCCCCUCCAGACCCCCCUCUCUCGCCAGAACCCCGUCAGAGGAUGACGUCGACUUCCUAGAUGAUGCCACAAGCGAAAAGAAUGUCCUCCGAACAAAAACUGCUCUGUUUGUAUGUGACUUGGCUAGAAAGCCCAAGAAACGACAGGAGAAAAACUACAAGCUCUUUUGUAGAAACCUUGUUGCUAUUUCAAUUUUCUACGGCCUACCUGUCCUGCAGCUUGUGAUGACCUACCAAAAGGUUUUACACGUUACUGGCGACCAGGAUAUCUGUUACUACAACUUUGACUGCUCGCGACCUCUGGGUGUACUCAGUGCCUUCAACAAUGUCUUUAGUAACAUUGGUUAUGUCAUGUUAGGGUUGCUGUUCCUUCUGCUUGUGUGGAGGAGAGAUCUAGUUUACAGAAAGGCAGUGGAAAGAAACCCUGAGGUUGAAACAAAAUAUGGCCUGCCACAACACAACGGGUUACUGUAUGCUAUGGGGCUGGCUCUGUGUAUGGAGGGGGUGAUGAGUGGCUGUUAUCACGUCUGUCCCAACUACUCCAACUUCCAGUUUGAUACCUCUUUUAUGUACAUCAUUGCCUGCCUGUGUAUGCUGAGAGUCUAUCAGAGUAGACACCCUGACAUCAGCGCCAAAGCUCACACUUCCUACCUCGUCAUGGCCUUCGUCAUAUUUAUAGCUGUUGUUGGCGUGGUAUACGGUACAAACAUUUUCUGGAUCCUGUUCGCCCUCGUUGACAUGCUUGCCUCCCUUAUCCUCAGUGUCUAUAUAUACUACAUGGGCCGCUUCAAAAUGAACACAGGGAUCGUAACAAAGAUGUAUUUAUCUCUACGGUACGAGUGUGGACACUGCACGACACCGAUGUAUAAGGAUAGACUGGUAAUCCUCUUUAUAGGGAAUGUACUGAACUGGAGUUUUGCGAUAUACGGAGCAGUGACUAGGCCGUCAGAUUUUGCCAGUUACCUGCUAGGAAUUUUCAUAGGCAAUUUACUGUUGUACUCUCUCUUCUACAUUAUAAUGAAGUUGAGGUAUAAAGAGAAGAUACACCCUUUAGCAGUCAUGUGCAUCCUAACAGCCACCGUAUUCUGGUGCAUGGCACUCUACUUUUUCUUCGCUCAUCUAACGUCCUGGCAGCUGACUCCAUCGCAGUCCAGAAAGGGAAACAAAAGCUGUAUGUUACUAGAUUUCUACGAUGCCCAUGACGUCUGGCAUUUCCUGUCGGCCAUUGCCAUGUUUAUGUCUUUUCUGGUUCUAUUGACCUUGGACGAUGACCUCUUCUCCACGCGCAGAGACAGGAUCACCGUGUUUUGAGAUGACAUCACAGCAACAUCUGAUGAUGUCAUCAUUCUACCACAAAGUGCUAUAUAUACUCGACGAAUUACUCGACGAAAUGCCGGGAAACGUUCGCCCAGUCACAUUUCACCCUUAACUGGUAGAAUCCAUUUUUUUGCAGAUGGAAUUUCAUCAUUAACAUGUUAUUCCUAUGUAUAGCAUGUUGUGUAGUUAUUUUCAGUGGUGUGAUAAUUCACCCUCAUUACGGAUGGCGAAAAAUUAAAAGCGACAAAAAUUUCCCGGUAGACAGUACUAUGUAUGAUCCAGCCAAUACCUUAAAUAUCAUGAUAAUAAUAUUUUUGUAUGUCACAAACUAUCUGUGUUUAACACAGAAAUUUAACUCAUUUGUUCACAAAGUGACAAAGGUAGUUUCAGUUAAGUUAUUGACAUUUUGUCCUUCAACAAAUUUGUCCUGGCAUUAUUAUCAUGCCGAUAUUCUACAAGAGGGUGUAAAAUUUGUUCAGAGUUCAGGUGACCUUGACUUGCUUUCUAGUUAACUGCAGCCAAAUUUUUAAAACAGUUUUCAACAAUUUUCUUCUAAAGAUUGUUCAGAGUAAUGAUAUUCACCCUAUUUUAGGUUUUUGAAAUGAAGGGCAAUCAUUUUUUUUUAAUCAAAUGACUUUGACCUACUUUGAAGGUCACAGAGGUCAAAUGUACAGAAAUCUUUAAUUGAAUCCCUGUAAAAUUUCAAAAGUUUUGUGUAAUAAUAAGUUUCCUAUGGCUCUGAUGAUCAUGAUCAAAUUUGUUUCAAUAAAAUAACUUAAACUAUUUUCGAGGAUACAGGGGUCAAAUACAGUCAAACUUUGAUUUUUUAACUUUGUGUGACCAUCUGGAAAAAUUUGAAUCAUUGGGACUUUGACUCAUGAAUGUUGAACAACAAAUUAAAUGUCAUACCUUGUUUAAGUGAUUUUGAGACGUGAAAAACAAAUUAUAUGGCAACCAGUUAUAUAUUUUUUUAAACUCACAAGUAUGUUUACAACAUAUUCUAUAAAAAUAAACACGAGUCGUUAAUGUCAUUUUCUUUGACAUAUGCUUACGUUUACAUUUCAAUGCAAUUUACAGAUAAUUUGUUUCAGUUUGAUUUAUAAGUUGUAAUUUUCAAUGUUUUCAGAACGAUUGGACCUGGAUUAUGCUUUGAAACAGCGAAAAAUUUGACCAAUAAAAGUUUGAUUAAUGAAUAGAACGUUAGUAGUGUUAUAUAAUGGAAAAAAUCGGGAAUUUGCUAUAAAUUUGACACGACGAAAAAUUUGAAUCUUUAAAGUUUGAUUUAUAGAAGUUUGACCGUAUGCCAAAAUAUUUUAAAGAUUCGUUAAGUUAAGAGUAAUGAUAAUUUGCCCUGUGUCUUUUUUACCUAUUUGUGAAAAAGACUGUAAAAAUAGCAUUGUCAUCACGGUCAUCCUAAAAUAUGUCUGCAGUGUAUAAAUUGUAUUCCAGACAAAUUUGUCCUACAGCUUAACAUUGUGUUGACAAGAUACUCAGUGAUUACCUUAGCUAUCACAAAACUUUGUAAAUUUUGUGUAUUAACGCUGUAUCAUUCCAAACAGCCAUUUAUAUCAGCGUUUUGUAUAAAUACAAAGAUGGCAUUAGGUUAUCAUAUGACCAUUUCCAUAUCCUACUCUGUAUAAGCCCAAGGGUCUGGAGGCUCGAGGGCUAAUAUUGGUCGAGGGCUGAUAUUGAGUAGGAUAUGGAGUAGAACAUUACAACUCAAUUGUAUGAUAAUAAAUAUUAAGUUUUGUUGGAAAGGGAAUCGCUCAAGUGUGAACUCCUUAUGCAUUUAUCAGAACAAUUGAGAGAUUUUUCAAUAUUCUCUUACACAUUUAGUGAUAAUAAAUGUCAAAUUUGUUAACAAAAUAUUGAAUUUCAAAUGCAUUCUCAUGACA